AUGGAAGCGAAUGCGCAGUAUGCACUUCACGACAGCGACGCAACGCCACCAACCUGGGCAGCUCGUAUCCGUCUCACACCUGAACUAUUAGACAAACUGCGUCAGGUACCGGAAAAAGCUCGGCUUCAAUUGAAUGUUUCAAAUAACGACGGACUUCUUCAAUGUCGUGGUAGUAACAAAAAGACGAGUCUGAUGACGAUUAAGGUGGCUGAGUCAGAGGAGAAAUAUGAACUACUUUCGUUUAUCGAAGACUCAAGCAUUAACCACGUUUGCACAUUCCGUCGAUCUGUUGAUAACGAAUCGUUUGGUGGCUAUAGUAUAUACAAGACGGGUGAAAUCUAUCAAAAGCUGCUGGUCCAACGGCUGCUGGAUGACACGGAGAAGGAUCGCAUCAAGGACAAGCACGCCCAGUCCGUAAUUGCUUCAAAGUCACGGUGCUCACAAUUGAUUGAAUCGAAUGUGGAGAGAAGUGCUAAACGACAGCGACUUGUCACAAGGUCGUUGAGUGUGCGGACCUCGAAGACGUCUGCUGGGAGUAGUGCGUGGUCCAAAGCGACUGGACACAAGAGGAUAAAAAAACUGGUGCUACCUUCUGCAUUGACUAAGGAAGAAGCCAUUGAAGCUAAAGAAAGAGUUGAAAAGGGAAUUGACGUUGACAAAGAGAUGCCAGUGGUUGCAGUUGAGGAAACGAGAUAUGCGUACGACGUGCAAGAACGAAAAGAAGUGAAAGAUACUGCUGUUGUCAUUAGUCAACAAACUGCCGCUGCUCGUGAUGCGGAGAUUCACGCCCUUUUUUCAUCAGAUUCAGAUCAUGAAGACGGUGAGAAUAGUCAAGGCAAGGAGCUGCAACAGCCAAAGAAGAGGACAGCCACAGAAAAGGAUCUGAAUCGAAGCGCUGUGGUAGCAAUUGAAAAAGAUUCAAGUGAGAAUAAGGCACUAUCUGAAGCAGAGAAUACGGAGGUCACAGCAGCAGUUUUGGAUACGACCAUGGUUAUAAAGAAGCCGUCAAGCGUUUUAAGUGGAUGUGAUGCGGCCGUGGAAGUAAUACGAUCUAUAAAGAAUGAUGACAAUGUGACGCAAGACAAGAAAAGUGGCGGGGCAAUGGAUAUAUAUGCAUUAAAGCCUACGAAGCCAUCCACAUUUUUUGGAGUCGAAGUCAAGCGUGCGCGCGUGCGUUCAGCUCUUGUGUUUGAUCGAGUAAAACAGUCGCAACUACCAAAUCUGUCAUUUUUCCCGUCUGCAGUCGUGGAAAUCUGUCAGCGAGUUUCAGGUUACCAUGGUCGAUCGGUGAUUCUUGAUGAGAGCGAUUACAACUCGUUCAUCCAGAUAAACCAGCAUUUUCGUGAAGACUGGGAGAUGCUAGAUAAGGCCUAUUCAAUUGAAAUGAUCAAGACAGAAGGUCUGCACUUGCAACUCGAAAUGGAUAUACUGGACACUAACCAUGAGGAGUUGAAAGCGAGAAUAGAAGCCUCCUACAGCAAGAAAGAGGGACUACUUUUUGUACGAGACGCUAUGGCAAGUAUUCAGAAAAUUCUGUGUAGCAUUCAGACGUCCAUUAAUCGCUUUGACUCAAAGCCGCUCAUUCGAAAGAAAUAA